UGGGUGAAGGAGGGCCACCCCGUCACAGCGGAGGUCAGCCAGCCCGCCCCAGCCGUCUUUAAGGCCAAGCUGAACAUGGCCCUGGUGAAGACCUUUGAGGAGAUGAUACAGAACGUGGGGUCCCUGCGGUUCCAGGUGGUGGAUUCCCGCCCGGAGGGCCGGUUCCGGGGGACUGAGCUGGACCAAGGGCUGGAAUCUGGUCACAUCCCUGGGGCUGUGAACAUACCCUUCCGCUCAUUCCUAACAGAAACUGGCCAUGAGAAGAGUAUUGAGGAGAUCCAAGAAAUAUUCCGUGAGAAGAAGGUGGAUCUCUCAAAGCCACUGACGGCCACAUGCCGCAAAGGUGUCACGGCAUGUCACAUUGCCUUGGCAGCCUACCUGUGUGGCAAGCGUGAUGUGGCUGUUUACGAUGGUUCCUGGUCAGAGUGGUUCCACCGUGCCCCAGCUCGCUACAAGGUCUCUGAGUUGAAGCGCAACAAGGCCUAG